AUGGCUACAACUUAUCCUCAACUCGUAUUGUUCGGCGACUCUUUGUUGCAAGGGUCCAUAGAUAUUCAAGACGGCUUUUCCUUCCAAGCCGCACUUCAAACCCGUUUGAUACGACGUCUUGAUGUUGUGAAUCGCGGGUUCGCAGGUUGGAAUUCCAAGAACGCCCUCGAAUAUCUUCCCAAGAUAUUUCCAGCACUCAACGAUCAGUCAGCGAAACUGGAUUAUCUUAUUGUCUUGUUUGGUGCUAAUGAUGCCAUUGUCCCUCAUCCCGCCUCAACGAGGGAUGUGUCGGUCGAUGAUUAUAAGCUCAACUUGAUCCGCCUUAUCAACCAUGCCCACAUUAGACCUCAUAGACCGAAAAUUCUUCUGGUCACACCAACCCCGGUGGAUGAGGACAAGCUUAAUAGCCUGGGCCAUGAACCUCGAACUUUGGCUCACACGAGAUUAUAUGCUGAGGCAGUUCGGGAAGUCGCCAAAGAAAAUUCGGACAUAAUUCUUAUUGACCUAUGGCAAGCUGUGGUGGAAAAGGCGACACAUACGACAACCCAGGACAUCACGUCAAAUCUGGCAGCAGAAUUGCCCGCUGCCAACUUUGACGGCCUUUUUACUGAUGGGCUGCACUUGAGCGCAGUGGCGUAUAAACUUUUAUACGACCUCGUUACUCCUUAUCUUCCAGAAGGGCACCCCUCCCAGUAUGUCUAUCCGAACUGGAAGGACCUUGUUAAUUAG